UUUAUAAUAUACCUUACCAAAAAUAUUCCCCAAUCCAUGACUUGCUAGUACCUAUCCAUUUAUUUAUUUAAAUAUUUAUAACCAAAUUAUAUAUUUAUUUAUAUUAUGUCACACUAUAUAUAAUGGUAUGAAACAUGCUAGUGUAACCUUAAAUAGAUUGAUUUUGUUUUGCUGAUAAAAGAAGGCACAAAUAAUGUUUCCAACAUCUGAGGAACUGAAGAAUUGUUUGAAGAUUGUAACAGAGAAUGAGUUUACAAAGGAAGAAGAUUCAAUUAGUUUUACAUCAUCAGAUUUAAUGGAAGAUGAUGAUGAUGCAACUUCUUCAUUGAAUUCUCCUUCAACAAGUUCUUCUUCAUCAUCUUCAAAUGGGCCGUUGUUUCAAUUGUCAGAUCUCAUGGAUCAACUUCCCAUCAAGAAAGGAUUAUCAAAUUAUUACGGAGGGAAAUCAGAGUCAUUUACAUCACUAGCGAAGGUGCAAAGUUUGGAAGAUCUACAAAAGAAAGAAAAUCCAUACAAGAAGAAGAUCAAAUUAUGCACUACUUAUUGUGCUGGUUUUGACAGUCAUAAAGUUUGCAGUCCAAAACGUACAAUUUUUAAGAAGUCUUCAAAUCAAUAUUCAAAAACUGCUUCUUUUACAUCAACACCUAAAAUUAGUUGCAGUAAUAAUUUACUACUACUGUCUUCUUGUAUACCUCCCAAUCCUCUUCCUACUGUAGAAAAGGAUUUUUAAUCUUUUUUAAAGAUUUGUUUUCCUUUUUUUUUUGAGGUUAACUUGCUAGAAAUUUUUGUAGCGAUUUGGGUGUUAAAGAAGAGGUUAAUUUUUGGUUCAUGAUUUAUAUUUAUAUUUAGAGGUUGUUAAUCAAAUUUUCUUUGUGCUACUUUUAGAGGAAGAAAGAGCAAUUAUGGUUAACAUUAAUCAUAUGAAAUGCUCUUGAGUUAGGCCUCGUUAUUGGUAUUCUAUUCCUUUGCAGAUCCUUGUUCAUAAAUUUUGAUGUCUGAAAUAUAUUUAAUUGCAAUA